ACUGUUGUCUUGACCAGCCCAUUUAACAUCCAGGUCCGAUAGAGGAGUGGAGACUGCGCACUGAGCCAAAUGCGGAAAGACCGCGCACAGAGGCGCAGCAGCUCGGAUUGUUUUGGAUUUGGAUUUAAUCUAAUUUUUUGGUUGCCAGUUUGAGUCUGAUUCUGGAUUAAUUUCAGCACACCAGUGAGAAGAUGAUUUCCUCACACCUGUCUCUGCUGAUGCUGAGCUGUCUCCUAGGCGCAGCGUUGGCUGCUGGGGACAGCAGUUUCCUCCAACUUUCCUCGGAUCCGCUGUCAAGUGACCAACAAGAGGAGGACGACGUGCUGUCCCAACACAUGUACACACUGUACGAAAAAUACAACAAGGAGAGCCACCUUAAAGAAAGGAACACUGUUAGAGGCUUUAGAGCCAGCCGAGUUUCUGGUGACCACAGGAUGAUGUACCAACUCAACCUCUCAUCCCUUCAAGACUCAGAAGUCAUCCUAUCUGCCACAUUCCACUUCCUACUCGAUAAGAGCCUGCAUCCAAACCCCUGGUUCUGUAAACGACUCAAGCGCCCAUCCUGUCGCUCCACAGAUGCUCCGUCUAUCAACUUACUGUUUUGCCUGGACUCUUUUGACUCUAAACUUGGGUCAGCGGGGUCAUUUUUAAGCAAUGUGACCUUUCACCCCGACAGGAGAGGGGUGUGGCAGAUGAAAGAUGUGACCCAGGUCAUAAAAGAGGCACGAAACAGAGGUAAUCUCACGCUGUUGGUUGAACUGGAUUUAAGGCAGCAGCAGCAUAAGAAACCAGAUCACAGUGUCUUAGCUGGAAGAAUGCCUUAUCUGUUACUAUAUGCUAAUGACAAAGCAUUAGCAGAGCCCAACAGUGUGGCAACAAGCCUUCAAAGGUUUGAUCCAUUCAGUGAAGGCGGAGACCUCCUGCACAGAGCCAACUCCUCCCCUUUCUCUGCUCAAGGACGCCUCAGACGGGAGGUCAAUCUGCUGUUUGAGCCCAUCCAGAACAACGAGCUGCCGGAGGUCAACGACAGACCCGAUGGAUACAGGAAAGAUGACCUGUGGAAAACCGACUGGUACCUUGCACUCAAGCCCAAGCCUAAAUCCGAAAGAAAGGAAGAGAAGAGGAAGAGCAACGUUGAGGACAAAAUGGUCCAAAGAGCGAGUCAGCAACAGGUUCUCACAGAAACAGAAACAAAAAGAAUCAAAACCAACAAUUCUGCUGUGAAAGAAGUCAAAGACAGCAGCGCAGUUUCUAAUAGUAGAAGACGAAAGAAUGAAGAAAGAAAUGAGAAAAAGAAGACCAAAGGAAGUGCUAAAGCACACUCGCCUAUCCUGAGUUUUGAUGAGAAAACCAUGCGGAGGGCCAGGAGGCGGCAGUGGAGCGGCAGCCAGCACAGAGGCUGCUCCAGGAGGAAUCUUAGAGUCGACUUUGCAGAUAUUGGCUGGAGUGAGUGGGUCAUAGCCCCAAAAGCCUUUGAGGCCUACUACUGCGCUGGCACCUGUGGUUUUCCGCUGCCCCAGGUGACAAGGCCAUCCAACCACGCCACCAUCCAAAGCAUAGUACGAGCUGUCGGUAUCAUCCCGGGGGUUCCUGAGCCCUGCUGCGUCCCAGAAAACAUGAGCCCUCUGGCUGUUCUCUUCCAUGAUGAAUCCAGCAACCUAGUGCUCAAGAUUUACCCUAAUAUGUCUGUGCAAUCCUGCUCCUGCAGGUAGGAGGUCAGCCAAAGCAAAGGGGGACAGAACAAGGUGGAUGCAUGGAGACUAAUAGAAACUGUUCAGUGGUCACAUGGUUGGCAACGUCCAUUCUGGACCAGAAAGUGAUCCCGUUUAUCGCUUCUGUUCUCUGGAGGCAAAAGGAAAAGGACAAAUCUGGUGACCUUGAGAAAAGGAGAAACAGAAAUCAGCACUCUAUGAAUCUGAGAGUCAAGUUUUAUGCAGUUUUUAAGCGACUUUUACAGUCCUUUAAGGCUCACAGUGAGCUUGUAUUCCUGUCCUAGGUGACUGUAGCAAGUAUAAGUGAAAAAAUGUGUUGCCAGACAGGAGCAUCCACACAACCUGAAGAAGGGAAGAAGUUUUUUCCAGUUCUGUUUACAGCAACAUUCUCCAUGUCGUUCAUUCAGUCUUUUGGUUUCAAGUUGGAAAGACUAAAAUGUUCUUCUGAUUUAUCGCAACCCUCUUUUAACCUCUCAAGGACAGUUUUGAGAAUGCUUUUUUUAUUAUGAAUGUAAAAACUAUUUCAAAGUAUUUUCCUAGUUACUAGAUGUUGCAUCACCAUGUAGAGGAUGUCGUUUUGUACAUGAUUAAAUUAUGUUGAAAAUAAAAGGUAGGGUAAUUUAAUCUAACAUUUAGAUUUUUCAAAGCUUGUGUUUUUUCUUUGAGAUUCUUGUAUUUGAUUUGCAGGAGAUUUUUUUUAAAAACGACACUAUACACUGUCCAAGAUUAGUAAAAACAAAAGAAGAGGAGUGAUAUUUUCCGAGGUAAUUUUGUAUUCCAUAUUAGUCUGUUGUUUGGUUUCAGUUGUGAGACAUAAAAGAAGACGAGUUUUGAUGUUUUCUACAGUCAGUCAGAAUUCUUGUCUUAAAAACUCAGGAGGAGAAAAAUAAAAAAAAAAUCAGGAGGAGUUUGGAAAAAGAUCAAAAACAUAUACUGUUAAUUAUUUUAUAAUUUGGCAUUAUAAUACUUUUGGCAAGUCAGUCUCAUAAGCAUAAAUACCAUACAUUUUCCCAUCAUUUGUGCUGAGUUUAAAAACAUUUUUAAGGUAAAAUUUAUUCAUUGUUUUUCCUUUUACUAAACACAAAAUUUAGAUUUUUUUUCUACAGUCUUCCUUAUUUAUUGUAAAAGCAAAGACUUACAAGUGUAAAAUGUUUUAGAGAAUUAAAAAAAAGAGUGAGCAUGGUAAACACAGUAACUUAAAAUUUCUGUUCUGAAUAUUUGUCCAUUUAUUAUUGGUACAUAACUUUUUAUUAUUUAAACCAAAUUUUAUGCACUUAAGUUUAUUUUGUGUUGUUUUAAUGUGAGCAUAAUGGUUUCUCUUUCUUUUUACCUUUUUAUGUCUCUUCUGUUGAAUCACUGUGCAUUAAUAAAAAUGUAUGUUUAACAAAAAUGUUUUAAUAACAAAA